AAAGAGUUGACGAGAGAGAGAGAGAGAGAGAGAGAAGCGAAAUGGGGAAGAAAUGGUGGACGAUCGGAGUGGCGGUGGCGAUACUUGGAACGGUGAGGGAGGUGAGCAAGCUAUACGGUUGGGACAAGGACGCUUUGAUCAGCGUCUUCGCUCAACUUUCCGAUCGUUUAGGGAUUUGGGCAAUCCCACUCUACGUUGCGAUCCACACUCUCACUCUCGCUCUCUGUUUGCCCUACGCCGUCUUCUUCGAGGCCGCCGCUUCUAUGCUCUUUGGGUUUCUCCCCGCCGUGCUCUGCGUCUUUGCCGCCAAGCUCCUCGGCGCUUCCCUUUCGUUCUGGAUCGGCAGGUUGAUAUUUAAGAGCUCAACUUCAGCAAUGGAUUGGGUACAGAAGAACAAGUACUUCGCCAUACUCUCCAGAGGAGUUGAGCGAGAUGGUUGGAGAUUCGUGCUUCUUGCCCGUUUCUCACCUAUGCCUUCCUAUAUUAUAAACUAUGCCCUAGCUGCGACAAAAGUUCGGUUUGUUGUGGAUUUCUUGCUCCCGACAGUCAUUGGAUGCAUGCCGAUGAUCUUACAGAACACGUCGAUUGGCAGCCUUGCUGGUGCUGCUGUUUCUUCAGCCGGUGGCUCCCAGAAAUCUAAAGUUUCAUCAUAUCUUUUCCCUUUAUUAGGAAUUAUGUCAAGCAUUCUUAUUUCCUUGAGAAUUAAGAAGUAUUCUACUGAAAAAUUAGUGACUGAAUCCUCUCCCAUCCCCAGUGAGCUUUCAAACGACUCUAUUAACAGCAAUGGCUCUACUAACAAGGACCAGAAAAAGGGUCAAUAGUUGAUACUGGUCUUCUGCCAGUAAUAACAGACAGAGAGACCAUAAAACUCGAUGUAGCAUUUUAAUCUUUUCUCAUUGAUCGAUGUUAUGAUGGUGAGAUUACUUAUACUAGUCGGUGUCAUUGGAUCAUAUUCUGUAUUUAUUGUUGCCAGUUAGGUCUUGUUUCUCUCCUU